GCGGUUUGAUUCAAAAUGAUUCUGCCAGACAAAUAGUCAACUUGCGGAAAGUGUUGUUUCAGAGCCUGAACGGUUGACGUGUUUUGAAGUUGCUUUUGUGCAUAUUUGCGCAUUUACAGUUGUGUUCGAUCAGUGCUGCAUUAUGGCUGAAGGGGAGGCUGAAUGGGAACUUUGCAAAGAGAACAUUCAGCCACUGAGGCAGGGUCGGGCCAUUUCAGCCUUGCAUCAAGCACUCAGUCAGCAGCAGGAGGGAUCGAACUACACUGCCAUACAGCAAACCAGGCAGGCUUUUGAAUCUGAGCUCCGAAUCUACAGUGGAGAUGAUCCACUUGAUGUAUGGGAUAGGUACAUAAGGUGGACACAACAGACCUACCCCCAGGGAGGAAAGGAGAGUAACCUGUCUCUGCUUUUAGAGAGAGCUGUUAUGCUCUUUGCAGAUGAAAAGAAAUAUUAUAAUGAUAUCCGCUACGUCAGCCUCUGGAUUAAAUUUGCAGAAAACAGCACCGAACCUAUGGAUUUAUAUACAUACAUGCACGGGCAGGGAAUUGGAAUCAUGCAAGCUGCUUUUUACAUCGCCUGGUCUGAAGAGUUUGAAAAGCGGGGCAACUUAAAGAAGGCUGAUUCCACAUAUCAGGAGGGAAUCAAGUGUGGUGCUGAACCCUGCGAUAAACUGCAGCAGUAUCACAAGGCUUUCCAGGCACGGGUGUCCCGGCAGGUUGCGUUAAACAUGACAAAUGGAGGGCAGGAGGACAGCCCUGAGCCAGCUCAGCCACAGAGGUCGUCACUGGCAAGCCUCAAACACAAAGGCAAGAAAAAGGCAAUUGCCCCCAUCAACAGGACUGGGGCUUCGGUCAGCCAUCAUGCACGCGGGCUGAGUUUAAACCUGCCUGCCGCCUCUCAUCAUGCUCAGAACAGUCAGAUCAUGGUGUUUGAUGAAAACCAGGCUGCCGUUGCAGAGUCUUUUGAACCCAAACCAGAACAAUGGCUGGCACCACCUGUGGCAAAGGCCAAAGAGAAUGAGCUCAUGCCUGAAAAAUGGUCCAAUGUUAAGAUGCCCCAGAAGUCUAAGUUUGGUCACAGUAUGGUGAUGCCGCCCAGUAAGCCCAACUUCCAGCCAUUUGUGGAGGAGUCUGAUCAUCCUCCAGCUGUCACCCCUUGUAAGAUCAACCCGGCAGUGAACACAGUGUUGUCUGCUCGCAAGCCGUCCAAAGAGGAGACUCCCUUGGAGCGUCUGCAGGAACAGCAGCAGCAGCAGCAGGUGUUGGGGCAGGCGCGGGAGCAGAGCAUGUACUGCAAGGAGCUGCUGCUUAGCGGCGCCACCGAGUUCUGCUUCGAGGAACUGCGCUCCGAGCGCUACCGGAAAAAGUUGGCCCAGGAUCUUGAAGAUAAGGAGGCCAAGUUGAGAAGGGUUAAAGAUGAACUGUGGAGACAGAUUGAGGAGAAGCAAAGGUUGCUUCUGGAGAAGAGUCACGAGGCAGAUGCUGGCCAUCAGGCACAACAUUAUGUGGCUGAGAGUGAUGCGAUUCAGCAUGUGGAACACUCUCUGCCUGGACCCUCCUCAUCUGUGUCACAGGGGCCCACCACAGGGUUUAAAGUGUUUGAUGAAUCCGUUGCCAGUUCUUCAGGUCUCAUGAAAGUUAACAACUCCUUCCCUCUCUUCUACAGAAUUUUCCCUUUAAAAGUAUAUAGGGACACUGACUCGGCUGACUCAGUCCCCGAGCCGGAAAUGAUUCAGAAGAAUGAAGGGGAGUCAAAGGCCACGCCUUUCACCGUGUUCGAUGAAAGUGCUAUUUGUGAACAACCACAGGACGUGGUACCCAUGGUCUUGUCUAAACCCUCAGCCCGCAAACCUUUAUGUGUCAUACGGAAACUACAAGGAGAUGCACUUGCUAGACCUCCCUCUGAAAGUGAUUGUUUGGAAGGAAUCGAGCCUCUAAAUGAGGACGCUAUUAUUGGCAGCUACCGCAACAACACCCUGUGUCACAUCCCAGACGACACGUGCGAUUUCGCCAGGGCUGCCCAGCUGGCCUCCACCCCUUUCAGUGGGGGACAAAACCACAGGCUCUCCCUCAGCAUGGAGGGCGGCCUGGCUGAGGAUGUACGCGAAGCUGGCGCCAGCACCUCGAAAGAUGUCCCAACCUUUACAAACACGCAGCCAGGUUUCGAGGGAGCUCUGAGAGUGAAGAAGCUCAGCCCCAUCCAGGAAGCGAGCUUGGAAGAUGGUUCCUGCUCCGGGUCCUCCGUUUCCUCUUCCUCCCUGAGUGGAGCCUCCUCCAUGAGGGCUAUGAAUCUGUCCAUCAUCCCGGAGCUUGGGAGCUCUGAGGCAGCCCAAAAUAACGAGCCCAACGCAUCAGAAACUGAAAUGGAGGACCCCACCAGCGAGGCUGUGAGGCGAAGAGCCCUCGAAAAAAUCGACCUGAGUUCCUUUCCAAACUUUCACAAGAAAACGGAACCUUUGCCCACAGUAAACGAGCACGAAGUGUUGUCUACAGAUGAUGAGGCCUUUGUAAUUCUCUCUGGGAUAAUCAGCAAUGACAGCUACACGAUGCAUUUUGGACAGACUAAAUGCUGUGAAAAUGUCGUUAUGAAGGUUGAUCUCCACCCUGUACCUUGGGAUUUCUAUAUCAAAACUCAACUGAGGAACCGACUGGGAUCAGACUCUAAUAAGUACUUCAGUGAACAGAGCAGGUGUUUCCUGUAUGAAGAUGGUUGCAUUACUGUCAGCUGGGGUCAUUACCAGGGUACACUACAAGAGUGCUUGGCCAAAUCUCCCCUUCCGGAAAAUGUCGCGGCCCUGCUAGUGAUUGAGCUGCUGGAGCUGGUGGGACAGAUGCACUCCUGUCGCCUGGUGCAUGGGGAUCUCCGCCCUAACACCCUGCUACUGAGACACAGGACUGGCUUCGAGGGGCUGGAGAGUGCACUGAGGGCAGUGGAUUUCUCCCACUCCCUGGACCUUGACCUGCAGCCUGAGGUGACCUCAGUGCUGGGGCACCCCGGAGCCCAGGUCUUCCUUAGACAGGGCGUGUUGUCACCUUCCUCCAGUCCUUACCAGAUGGACCUUCUUGGGAUUGCAGAAACGGUGCACGUAAUGUUGGAAAAACGAAGUAUGCAGCUUGUGUGCAAAGACUCUGAGUGGGUACUUGCAGAAGAUUUGGAAGUGGUAUCUGGAAGUCCUGAUGUUUGGCGUGACUUCUUCAGUAUGAUCCUGAAUCCAGGGACCCGGUCCACUGUCUCCGUUCUGUCUGAGCUGCAGCAACUCAUGAAGAAGCAUUUCAACUACAGUAUUGAGGACGAACUGGCAUUCAUUCAUGAAUGAACACUGUCAUUCAGAUGGCUCAUAACUUUUAUUUCUGUUUAUUUGUUCAUCUUUUUUAAAAAUGUAAUUUGCAUAGAAAAUACAAUUAUGUUUUAAUGUACCUGGAAUUUUAUUAUGUGAAAGUUUUAACAUUCGUACAAUUUUAGUACCGUUUAACCAUAAUCAAAUCCGUAGCAGUACUUCGAUUUGAGCAACAUACUUUUGGUUUUCACUAACUAAAGAAUGCCUUUGUUGUGAGAAUAAACCCCCCAAAUAAUCAGUCUUUUUGUCCAAUUCAUCGUCGUUUGGAGGUUAUUGCUAGUGAUGGAACGCUAAUUACUCAAGUUAGAUGUGUAUGACUGGCAUAACAAGCUAAAGCAAUAAAAUUGAGUACUCUUUGGAACUCCA